GCAUUUUGGCAUCUGAGCCCAACAGCUAGCAGAUGGCAGGCGGCAGAGUUGCACAUGCGACCCUCAAGGGGCCGAGCGUGGUGAAGGAGAUCUUCAUUGGACUCACCCUUGGGCUGGUUGCUGGUGGUAUGUGGAAGAUGCAUCACUGGAACGAGCAGAGGAAGACGCGAUCCUUCUAUGACAUGCUUGAGAAGGGGCAGAUCAGCGUCGUUGUCGAGGAGUAGUUCUGAAGUGCUGAACCAGAAGUUCUACAUCUCGAAGUCUUUUGUCAUUUUGGUUUUGCCAGUAAUUUCUGAAACUCUCUGGAGAGCAUGACAGAGUGAUUGCUGUGGAGAUUGUCAUGAAAAUAAGCACACCACCAUUUGAGAACAUCGAACCAUUUUGAAUUUGCUUUUUGUCGUAUCAAAUAUGUCUUGUCUCAUAUGUGUUGCAAACCAAUUCAGGGAUUGGAAGGCUUCCCUCUGACAUGAAUAUGAUUUAGAUUUCACUGUCA